CGUAAGGAUUUAGAUGUGGUAGUUCAAAACAACAGCAGUAAAAAGGAAGAAGCUCAAGUUUUAGGCAAGAAGAUAAAUGACAGUCAGAAUGGACAGAGUGACGAGCAGACAGUGGACAAUAAUUGGUCUACGCCAAUUUUAUCAUUGGCUCGCAAAGCAACCGAGACCAUUAGCAGUGGAGCCGUCAACUGUAGCACAGCUUUGAGAAACACUGUACCUCUGAGUGCGACGAGUUCGGCGACCCUACAGAAUUCUGCCAGUAACACGACCACGUCCAAAGCAACAUCUGUGAAGGAUCCUAUGGCAGUGGAGAGGUCCAAUCUUCUCAGCAUGAUGAAAUUAAGUGUAAAGGUCCUGAUCCAGUCCUCACUCAGUCUGAAUCGCACUCUUGACUCAGAGUAUCCUCCUUUGCAGCAGUUCUUUGUGGUGCUUGAGCACUGCUUGAAACAUGGGCUGAAAGUAAAGAAAUCCUUCAUAGGUCAGAAUAAGUCUAUCUGGGCUCCACUGGAAUUGGUGGAGAAGUUGUGCCCAGAGUCAUCUGAUAUUGCUACUAGUGCACGAGACAUUCCCGGGAUAAAGACUGGACUUGGACGGGCUCGGGCAUGGCUACAUUUGGCCCUGAUGCAGAAGAAACUGGCAGACUACAUGAAAGCCCUCAUAGACAGACGAGACCUGCUGGGGGAGUUUUACGACCCUGGAGCCCUUAUGAUAGAGGAAGAAGGGACUGUGAUUGUUGGUAUGCUGGUGGGCCUUAAUGUGAUUGAUGCUAACCUCUGUGUCAAAGGGGAAGACUUGGACUCUCAGGUGGGUGUUAUUGACUUUUCACUGUACUUGAAGGACCCACAGUCCAGUGAGAUGCCAAAAGAGGAUGUAAAUAUGACAGCCAUUCUGGACCAGAAGCAUUAUAUUGAAGAGUUAAACAGACAUCUGAGUUGCACAGUCACUGACCUUCAGGCCAAGAUGGACUCUCUGGAAAAGACCAAUUGCAAACUUAUCGAGGAGUUGACAGCAGCUACAGAUAGAAUUAAUGUCCUACGGGAGGAGCAGGAGCAGCUGCGGCAGGAGAAUGCCACAAUCAUUCAGACUAGUCAGAGGAAGGAGGAGGCCACUUUGCAAGACAGUCAGGUUGAGCUUGAAACAUACCGGCAGACGCGUCAGGGUCUGGACGAAAUGUACAGUGUGGUGUGGAACCAGUACAAAGAGGAGAAACGCAUUCGACAGGAGCUGCAGAAGGAGCUUGAGCUGCAGCUAAACCUGAAGCAGGAGAUGGAGGUGGCCAUGAAGCUGCUGGAGAAAGAUACUCAUGAGAAACAGGACACACUCGUUGCAUUACGCCAGCAGCUGGAUCAGGUCAAGAGUCUCAACCUGCAAAUGUUCAACAAGGCCCAGGAGGCUGAUGGAAUCAUCCAGAAGAAGGAUGAGGAAGUGGGGCAGCUGGAACAGAAAAUUAGCCACAUGGAAUCUGCCAUGAAGGAACUGGAACAAAGGCUUCUGAAUUCAGAGCGUACUCGUGAGAAAUCAGACCAGAAUGAGAGGGACCUGAGAUCAGAGCUGCAGGCAAAAGUUGACACACUGCAGAAACAGCUGAGUGACCUGGACACACUGAGGGUGGGACUAGAAUCUGACCUGCGCGGUGAGAAGGACCAAAGACAGAAAUUGCAGAAAGAACUACAGCGAGAGCGGGACAACAGUGCAGAGCUGCGCACUCAGCUGCAGCAGCUACAGGGGCUGCAGAGGGAACUUGCUGAUCUGCAGAAGGAGAAGAGUCAGUUACAGCAGCUGUGUGAGGAGCAAGAGCAGGCUCUACAAGAGAUGGGUUUGCACCUCAGCCAGUCUAAGCUUAAAAUGGAAGACUUCAAAGAAGUCAAUAAAGCCUUGAAGGGCCAUGCAUGGUUGAAAGAUGAUGAAGCCACCCAGUGUAAACAAUGCCAAAAGGAAUUUUCUAUUUCCCGCAGAAAGCAUCACUGCAGAAACUGUGGGGAUAUCUAUUGCAACAGCUGCUCUAGCAAUGAGCUUGCACUACCCUCCUAUCCCAGACCAGUGCGGGUCUGUGACAUCUGUCACUCACUACUCCUUCAAAGAAGUUCCUCUAGCUCCUGACAGAACACAUGCAUGCACAUACGUGUGUGGCUGUGGAAAGUGUCAGUUGACUGUAAAUAGCUGUAUAAUUUUGGUACUCUGAGACAAAACUGCACUAAGAAGAUGUAAAAAACAAAAAAAAAGAAAUAUGAUAGUAUUGAGUAUUAAAAUGAAGCACCCGUUGCUUAAUAUUUUUGCUAAAGUGUGCAAAAUGAUUGUGCUAGUAAGGGCCACAGAUGAUGCUAUUUCUUUUUGAGAGAUUAACACACAUGAAUUAAGAUGUGGGUUUGUUUUCCAUGUCAGGGGCCUUGAUUAUCAGUGGAGUACAAGCUCUUCAAUUUUUUUUUGUUUUGUUUUGUUUUGUAACAGCAAAUGUCACCUCUAUGCCCUCACAAAUAAAUGUGGCAAUGAAUGAAUGUUAAUUUCAAAUUUAACAACAUGGUCGCUUUCGUUUAACUGAAAAUAAUGGGAAUAGCAAAGCUAAUGUAAAUUGUAUUCGUGAAGAUUGAAGAGGCCAUUUCAGAGAGACUGCUGAUGAUGUUAGCAUAACUAAGCACUGUUUUAUUUUUAAGCCCUGAUUUUCCCUCUGAUAUGCAUUCACAGGGUUAAGUAUUCACAGGGUAAGUAGCCAAAGCAGUGCUCCUUCAAGAAAAUGCAUUGACAGACUGAAGUAUGUGAAUUUUAUAUCGGUGUGUAUGAAACUUAGGGCAUAGUGUACUGUAUAUUAUACUAAACAUCAAGAAUGACAAGGAAGCUGAAUGCAUAUGAAUAUGUAUGUAUUGCAUGGAUAUGUGUUUUUAUACCGUGCAUUUAGAAACCGCACGCCGAUUUGUACAGAUUUUUGAAGUUUUUCUUACAUUUUGUUUUAGGUUUGUAGUCUGAAAUAAAUUAGAUUGUAUUUUUGUCCUGCAUA